AUGGAGUUUAACCAACAAUUAGCGAACGAUAUAAUCGUCUACCCCGCCGAUGCCUUGUCGACACCACGGCAGAUUCUCUUCGUUGGCACCCUCUGCACAUCCAUGGCAACUAACCAGAUUGGUCUCGGAAAUACCCUGACCACAGUUGGGGUUAUCGGAGAAUCGUUUGGCAUCACCAAACCUGGCCAGCUAUCCUGGCUUAUCGCUGGGUACAGCUUGACAAUUGGCACCUUUAUCCUCAUCGGCGGACGCUUGGGAGACGAGUUUGGCAACAAGAAGAUGUUUGUCCUCGGCAUGUCUUGGUAUUCUUUGUGGUCUCUAGUAGCCGGUCUCUCCGUCUACUCCUCUCAUGUUCUUUUCAUCUUUGCGCGUGUCUUCCAAGGCAUGGGGCCGGCCCUCACCUUGCCCAACGGCCUCGCCAUCUUGGGCCAGUCGUACUCACCGGGGCCACGCAAGAACAUGGCGUUCGCUUGGUUUGGCGGAUCAGCCCCAUUUGGCGCCAUUGCUGGUUUCUUAUUCGGCGGGCUGUUUGCUCUUGCUUGGUGGCCGUGGAUUUAUUGGAGCCAAGCUAUUGCGCUCGCCGGUGUGGCCGUCUUUUCUGCCUGGGCAAUUCCUCCCCUGCCCGUGCAGCCGAAACAAGAUCGAUCGAUUCGCGAAAAGCUGGAAGAUCUGGAUAUACCUGGUGGAUUGACUGGCGUUACGUCCCUGGUGCUGUUCAACUUCGCAUGGAACCAGGCCUUUGUUGUCGGGUGGCAGGAGCCCUACGUCUAUGUUUGCCUGAUUCUCGGCGUACUUGUCGGCGUCGUCUUCUUUUACAUUGAACUGAAUUGGGCCAAAUCACCAAUUCUGCCUCUGGCUGCUUUCAAUUCGGACAUUGAAUUUGUUUUUGGCUGCACAGCAACAGGCUGGGCGUGCUUUGGUAUCUGGGUCUUCUACAUCGGGCAAGUCGCCGUCAACAUUGGUGGAAAUACUCCUCUCCAAAUGGCAGCCUGGUUUAUUCCUAUCAUUCCAUCUGGUUUAAUCUCGGCUCUGGCCGUUGGCAAGUUACUCGGCAAGAUUCACCCGUCGUUGAUCAUGGUUGUUGGACAGGUAGCCUAUCUCGUAGGAUCCAUCCUAGCAGCCACUCGACCCGCACAUUCGAUUUACUGGACGUAUUACUUCUUCAGCGUCCUUAUCAUCACUGUUGGCAUGGACACCUCCUUUCCCGCAGCGACAAUCAUUUUUUCCAACGCGGUGUCGCAGGAGUACCAGGGCAUGGGCGCAAGCGUUGUGAUGACCAUCGUCAACUACAGCAUUUCGCUUGGACUUGGAAUUGCUGGUACCGUCGAGACGCACGUCAACAAUGGCGGUAAGACGAAGUCAGACGAGCUUUUGGGUUAUCGUGGGGCUUUGUGGUUGGGAGUCGGUCUCGCCGGACUAGGCCUCAUCUUGAGCAUCAUCUUUGUUGCUAAAGACAAGUUGAAAAAGAAGGCGAGUGUUUGA